AUGGCCCAGAGAGCAGCGCCCAACAGCAUUGCGGGUAAACGAAUCGGACCUACCGGGUAUGGCUUGAUGUGGUUGACCCGCCCUUGGGACAUCACCGAAUAUGCAGACGCGACCAAAGUCAUGAAGACGGCUCUUGAACAAGGCGCCAACUUUUGGAAUGGAGGCAUGUUCUACGGCCCACCAAACGCAAACUCAUUGCAAUUGGGUGCUUACGACAGAGCUACAAACACGCCUACCGGUAGUACAGAGGAGGUCCGCUCGGCGGUCGAAGAGGCCGUCCGCGUGCUGGAUGGCGCGAAAAAGAUCGAUAUCUUCCAAUGCGCCCGAGUCGACCCCAAAGUCCCCGUUGAGACUACCAUCAAAGCCUUAGCAGAGUUAGUGGCUGCAGGAAAGAUUGGCAACAUUGGGGUGAGUGAGGUCAGUGGAGCCACUCUCCGUCGUGCGCACGCGGUACAUCCCAUUGCCGCCGUGGAAAUCGAACUGAGUCUCUUCUCGACGGAGCCUCUCGCCAACGGGAUUGUGCAUACAUGUCAUGAGCUUGGCGUCCCCAUCGUAGCAUAUAGCCCAUUAAGCCGUGGCUGGCUCACUGGCCAAUAUCGACGGUACGAGGACCUCCCUGAAGCUGGGGCGAUGCGCUUUAUACCUCGGUUUCAGCCAGAUGUCUUCGACCAGAAUCUGAAGCUCGUCGAGGCUAUCGAGGCCCUUGCGAAGCGCAAAGGAACUACUGUCCCGCAGGUAGCCAUCGCCUGGGUCCGUCGUCAGGGAGCGAUCCCCAUUCCUGGUGCCACCAAGGUUGAUAGAGUGGUGGAGAAUUGCGCAGAGGUGGCAUUGACUGAAGAAGAGCUACGGGAGAUUCAAGAGAUCUUAGACACGUUCCCGAUCCAAGGACAGCGCUAUGGCGGGGAACACGAGGCUUUACUGAAUCAGUAG